UGACAUUUACGUCUGACGUGUAAAGGUUCGAGGUCAACCCGUGAAUUCAAACGAUAAAUUAAACCAUUAUCAGUCCCAAUGAGAUAGUACACACCAUGUCUUCAGCAGUGCUAGACCUCCUCCGUCAGGCGAUCCUAAUCGUCGUCACCCCCCACUGCUACGACAAAUACUUCGUCAACUUCGACUUCUUCGACGGACCAUGUUUUUCGGCAACUCUGAGUAAAUGCCUCGGCUUGGGUAUCAUCCUGGGUUCCCUUUUAGUCAAACUGCCACAAAUUGCCAAAAUCCAUAAAAACAAGAGCGGGGAAGGCAUCAGUUUGCUCAGUGUGACGCUCGAUUUGACGGCAAUCACGCUCUACGCGUCGUAUAGUUUUCUCAAACAGUUCCCGUUUAGUGCCUGGGGCGACGCCUCUUUUCUCGGUAUACAAACAGUGCUCAUUGGGGUUCUCGUUUUGCAUUAUGGGGGCUCCACGUUGAGUGCUGUGUUAUAUUUGGUGGGGUAUUUGGGCGUGACUUUUGUUUUGAUCGGCGGGUUGACGCCCAUUGAGGUCUUGUGGACGCUGCAAGGGUUUAACAUUUUUAUUGUAGUGAGCGGGAAGUUGACGCAGGCUUUGAGUAAUUACAGGAAUGGGCAUACGGGGCAGUUGUCUGCUGCUACUUUGAUUAUGUUGUUCUGUGGGUCUUUAGCUAGGAUUUUUACUUCAAUACAAGAGACUGGGGAUAGGAUGGUUAUUUUGACUUAUAUCGCGUCGACGGCGGCGAAUGGUGUGCUUGUAGCGCAAUUGGCGUAUUAUUGGAAUGUUGUCCCCAAGAAGAAAGUUCAAUAGGGAGAUUUUUUUGGUAAUGGGUGUGGUUCAGGCUAGUUUUAAUAGUGUACACAACCUUGAGUGCAUACAAAUUUUGCAAUUUAUGUAAAUAUAUAAAGUAAAAUUACCACGGAUAUAGAUCAUAAGUUAUAUAAAAAUGUGCUUGGUCAUUGGACUGAGUAUUAGUAGUCUGAUAAGAAGUGAAUUAUGGUGCACGUGCAUUUAACUUUUGUGUAAUGGUGUUCCUUACGUUGUAUAAGUAAAUACUUGUUAAUAAA